AAAACAUGUGUAAAGGCACCAGAACUGAUAUUGUCCUGAUGAAAGACAAGUGUUUUUGUUUUGCAGCCUUCUACAGCAGAGAAAAAAAACCUGACAGAGCUCCCCUAGCAACAGUCACUGUGACAUCAUCGUAUCUAUAAACAGAACACCAGCUGCAGCACACAGCUGUCUAUAAAUAGAUUCGCAGCCAACAGCUGUCAGUUGGUCUUGGUUUUUCUCAGAGUAAGACAGCAAUUGAUUUGCUCCUCAGAGAGAUCGAUUUUUUUCGCGGAUUGAGAUAAUUAGACCAAUUUUGAAGGAGUUUCGGUUAUUUAGUCAGUAAAGACAUUUAGUGACGAGGAAGAAGAAUGAUUUUCAGACUUUUUAUCUUCUUACUUUUUCUGCACCUUGUGACAAGUGUAGAAAUAACAAGCAUUCAGACUUACCACCAUGAACUGAAUGUUACAGUGGGACAGCAGCUGCUGAUCCCAUGUCAUUUCCAAUUGGAUGAACCUCUCGGAGGUAAUAAGAUCAAACUGGCAUGGAGUGUGAAGCCACCAGAUGAAGAUGAAUUUCGACCAAUCUAUCAGACUGAAGAUACCACACGGCUGACAGUAAAAUUCAAUAAUAAUAGAGCAAUGAUGCACUUGUCAGAUGUGCACCAAGGAGAUUGCUCCCUUGUGAUUGAUCCAGUUCAUCGCGAUGAUGCCGGAACGUACGAUCUCCGCAUUGCCAUAAACGGAGAAGAGUUCCCAGAAGACACAAGAGUCGAUGUUCACAUCAGGGAAAGCCGUGUACAAAUAAAAAGCAUUCAGAUCUACCACCAUGAACUGAAUGUUACAGUGGGACAGCAGCUGCUGAUCCCAUGUCAUUUCCAAUUGGAUGAACCCCUCGAAGGUGAUAGGAUCAAACUGGAAUGGAGUGUGAAGUCACCAGGCAAAGAUGAAUUUCAACCAAUUUAUCAGUUUGAAGAUACCACACAGCUGACAGUAAAAUCUAUCAACAGUAGAGCAAGGAUGCACUGGACAGAUGUGCGCCAAGGAGAUUGCUCCCUUGCGAUUGAUCCGGUUCAUCGCGAUGAUGGCGGCACGUACGAUCUCCGCAUUGCCAUAAAUGGAGAAGUGUUCCCAGGAGACACAAGAGUCGAUGUUCACAUCAGGGGAAGCCGUGUAAAAAUAAAAAGCGUUCAGACCUACCAACAUGAACUGAAUACUACAGUGGGACAACAACUGAUCAUCCCAUGUCAUUUCAAUGUGGAUAAACCCCUCAGCAAUAAUCUGGUCCUCUUGAAAUGGAGCAUGAGGCCCAUAGGAGAAGAUAGAUUUCAACCAAUCAUUAAGGUGUACGAUACCAAGCUCCUGCCAUUAGAACACCCAACCAGAACUGUAAGUGUGGACGUGCCACGAGUGCGCCAAGGAAUUUGUUCCCUUCGGAUAAAUCCAGUUCAUCUCAAUGAUAGCGGCACCUAUGUGGUCCACCUUGCUAUAAAUGGAGACGAGUUCCCAGGCCACACAAGGGUCAAUAUUUACGUCAAGCAAAGCGAUAAGGAGACUGACCCUAAUCAGCCAAUGAAUGAUGAGGAAUCCCAGUCACGGAAAGCCAGUGAAAAUGAAGAUCUGGACUUCAUGAGGACGGCAGAAGUUCUCCAAGGGUUAAAAGACAAUUACAGCUUAAUCCUGGAGAUCUGUGGAGGAGUUCUGCUUCUCAUAGUACUAUUGAGCAUGGUACUAAUAUUCUACUUUGGAUGUAGAUAUUGCCAGCUGAAGCACAAGGCAGUGGAUGAUGUAAAACAAAGGGAAGAGGGAAGACAGUGUGGGUUACCAGUGCCAACAACCUAUGUAUCUAUCCCUGAGAAUUGGCACAAAGAAUCCAACUCUGCAGAGAGUUGGCACGAAGGAUCUAACUCGGCACGAAGGAUCUAACUCUGCAGAGAGUUGGCACGAAGGAUCUAACCCCAUCCCUACAUCUAGCCAAGUGAAGGUGGCGGAUCCACCUCUAUUAAUGACAGCUGAAGAACGACAAAGAGUUCUCAAGCGAGUAAGAUCAAAAGUGAGGGACUGCGUAAAAUUAAAAAAAAUACUUAAAAGUAUUCCAGGGGGAAAGUAGGGGGACAA